UUUUUCACCCCCUAGUCAUGAAAAAUGAAGUUCACUCUUGAUAAAAGUCAUCUCUACAUAUCUUAAAUCACCUGCCUAAAGCGAUAUGAGUUGUUACUCAAUAUGUAAUUGAAAAAAAUUGCACUCCUUCAUCCAGUCAUGGCCAAUGCACAGGUAACAAGGGUUCGAGAUGUAAGGAGGUCGGAGAUCAGCAGAAGCAAUCCCCAAAAUGAAUACGAACUCAUCAUGCGUGUUGGGAGUGGUACUUACGGCGAUGUGUACAAAGCUAAAAGACUGUCAACAAAUGACUUUGCUGCCAUCAAAGUCAUAAAGUUAGAGCCAGAUGAUGACUUCAGCAUAAUCCAGCAAGAAAUCCUCAUGAUGAAAGACUGUGUCCACCCAAACAUCAUCGCAUACUUCGGAAGUUAUUUGAGAGGUGACAAACUAUGGAUUUGCAUGGAGUACUGUGGGGGCGGAUCCUUACAAGAUAUUUAUCACAUAACCGGGCCUUUAACUGAAAUUCAGAUUGCGUACAUGUGCAGAGAAGUAUUGAAUGGCCUUCAUUAUUUGCAUUCAAUGGGUAAAAUGCAUCGCGACAUCAAGGGCGGCAAUAUCCUCUUAACAGAUGGUGGAGAUGUUAAAUUGGCAGAUUUCGGUGUCUCCGGCCAGAUCACCGCAACCAUGAACAAACGGAAAUCUUUCAUCGGCACACCUUACUGGAUGGCUCCUGAAGUUGCAGCUGUAGAACGCAAAGGAGGCUACAAUCAGCUCUGUGAUAUUUGGGCUGUGGGCAUCACUGCAAUCGAGCUGGCAGAGCUACAACCUCCUAUGUUCGAUCUCCACCCGAUGCGAGUUCUUUUUUUGAUGGCCAAAAGUGGCUUCAAGCCACCCACACUUAAAGACAAAGAAAAAUGGAGUCCGACAUUCCACAAUUUUCUGAAGACAGCUUUGACCAAAAAUCCUAAAAAAAGUCCCUAA